CCCUUAUGUCAGUCACUUUAUGGACCCUCCCAUUCAACACCUCCCAAUCUUCCAAAAUCCAACUCGACAUCUUCCAAUUCAAUCUUAUUUCACUUUGAUUCUCUCCAUUGCACAGUAAGAAUCCCUCGAAAUACUUUUGCGCACAAUAUCUGCAAUUUCAUGUCCUAAUUCACAAGGAGAAAAGCCCACAAGAAAAAUUCAAUCCAUCCUCCUUUUUGUGCGUGGUAACUCCACUCCUUUGAAAAGCGCAUGUUGUCUAGAAUAGUCAAAAACAUUUAGCUCAAAAAUCAUCUGAAAAUUAUAUAAGCAUGCGCGUCGGUCAACUGGAACUAUCAUAGCUGGACACAUGGGAAUAUGCUUGAGGCUAUUUCUUGUUCUUGGUCAUCAACACCAACUCUUCGGAUUUUGUUUUCCAAUUACCUGCCCAGACAGAUUAUUUGGUUUCCAAUGACUAAUAACAACUCAGGAUCUACGCAAUCGCUUGCAGCGACUUGGCCGAUGAUUCUAUUUCUACUUGUUUGGUUGCCGAGAAAUUAGAAAUGUUUCACUUUCACCUCCUCCACUUUCUCUCAUUCCAGAGCCGACGAGGAAUUCGUCAUUGAAAUCAAUCAAUAAAUUGGGAUUUCUUCAGCUCAAUCGUCGUUCUAAGAUGAGGAGCAUCAGACCCAUGCCUGAAGCUGUUCGUACUUCGGUGCGUUCUGGAACUAUCGUCUUCGACAUUGCCAGAGUUGUGGAAGAGCUUGUUUUCAACAGCCUAGAUGCAGGCGCUUCAAAGGUAUCAGUUUUUAUAGGCGUUUCGACAUGCUAUGUGAGAGUAGAAGAUGAUGGAUCUGGCAUCACCCGGGAUGGAUUAGAGUUAUUGGGAGAAAGAUAUGCAACAUCAAAGUUCGACCAAUUGGAUGAUAAGAAUACUAAGACUGGGAGCUUUGGUUUUCGAGGAGAAGCAUUGGCUUCAAUUUCUGAUGUAUCAAUGUUAGAAAUUUUGACAAAAGCUUGUGGGAGGCCGAAUGGGUAUCGCAAGGUCAUGAAGGGAAGCAAAUGUUUGUAUCUCGGAAUAUGUGAUGAUAGGAAGGAUGUGGGAACAACAGUUGUUGUUCGUGAUUUAUUUUACAACCAACCAGUUCGGAGAAAGUAUAUUCAAUCCAGCCCUAAGAAGGUCUUACAAUCAGUCAAGAAAUGUGUACUUCGGAUUGCCCUUGUGCACUCAAAGUUGUCUUUCAAAGUUGUUGAUCUGGAAAGUGAGGACGUGCUUCUUUGCACACAUCCUUCUUCUCCCAUGUCUCUGAUGACCAGUUGUUUUGGGAUCGAGGUCUCUACCUCUCUUCAUGAAUUGAACAUCAGUGCUGGCAAAAUAAAGCUUUCUGGAUACAUAUCUGGCCCAUGUGAUAAUCUGACCAUUAAGGCCUUUCAAUAUGUCUAUAUUAACUCACGGUUUGUUUGCAAAGGGCCAAUCCAUAAACUGGUGAAUCGAUUGGCUGCUAGUUUUGAGUGUUGUGACCAAAUGAAAGCUGUCAGUGGUAUCCAAAACAGAAAGAGAAGUAGGCCUCAGUCAUACCCAGUUUUUGUUUUGAAAAUAAGUUGUCCUCGUUGUUUCUAUGAUCUAACCCUUGAACCAUCAAAAACUUAUGUGGAAUUCAAGGAUUGGGUUCCUGUACUUACACUCCUUGAUGAGGCAAUUCAACAACUGUGGAAGGGAAAUAUAUCUUACAGAGAAUCUAUCGGGGUUGCAGCUGAUAUAAUGGCAAAAGAUCUAAUGUUGCAUGGAGAUGAAAUUACCAUGUAUGCAGAGGAUUUAGGUGAUGAAAAUUUUUCUGGGAACUCCACAAUUGAGAAAAAGAAUUCCACAAUCCAAAGUCAUCUGGCCUCUCCGGGCCUUGUGUCUUCUCAUUUGAAGAUCCUCAAUAAAGAGGAAGCUUACUUGUCUCAUGGGCAGCAGGAUAUAACUCCAAUUCGCAGCUCGAGUAACUACUUCAAAGAGAAAGAAAACGAGACGGAUUUUACUAUUCAGACUGAGAAGUUUGGUCAAUCAUGGGAGCUUCCCCUUCCAAAAUGCAUUGCUGAAGUAUCUGGAAAUUGUGAAAAUGAAAUAUACAUUUCUGAUAACAAUAUUUCAUCUGUGAAAGACCAUUUCUUCGUGAAUGAAGUCAGUAAUGGAGAAAGAUGCAGCGGUCGUGUGGAUAAUAGUAAUUUCACUUCAUGGUGGGGAAAUGAUUCCUUUGAAGGUAGUCUCAAUGUUAGCAGUGGAUCAGGUAUUGCAAAAUUUACUGAUUGUCCAGACUUGAUUGAUGAUGUAAAGAUGAUCAGGCCUUUUCUAAAGAGUUGCUCCUUGCGACGGAGCCUUCCACAUGAGAGUUCUUUGUUUACAGAUGCUGGUCACGAUAUUCGAAGUGAUAACUUCAAGAUGAAGAAACUGUUGACUGAAUCUUAUGACAGAGUUGAUAUUUCAGAAAUUGACGGUGGCAACCUGAGUUUUGAUUUCUUGUCAAAGACUUCGUGGCAGGACCAAACAUCUAGUUUUCAGCACUUUCCCAAAGUUUCUAGAAAAUCUGACUUGUCUGCGGAAUUUGACAGUCUCCCUGUAAAGUCAAUCCCGUUUUAUGAGGAGAGUCUUGAUGGGAAUGAUGAUUUCUCAUCUCAUUCAAUUGCAAAAGUAGACACCAUCGGAUCUGAUCAUUUCAACUUGGACUCCAAAUGGCGCUUUUUGACAUCGGAUUCCUUUUCCCAGGGCUCACCCUGGGAGGUAGAAGAUUACACUGAUAUCAACAUACGUGAAGGUAGUUGUACAUAUGUUAAAACAGCUAGAUACAAAAAUUUUACAGAUAGUGAAGAGAAUGACUGCAGAUUUAGUUAUGAUGUACUGGAAAAGAGAUCCAGCCAAGAAAACUGCACCACACGUUCAAACAGUGGAUUAGACGAUGCUGUUUCAGGCCGCUUCCUGCAAAGUUACAAGUUGAAAAAUAAUUUCUCUCCUGAAUGCAUAGACAUAUUAACUGAUGAGAGAGAGAGUUUAAGUUUAGGUUCACAUGGUAAAAGCCACAAAAGUAUUGCAAUACACAAAAGUCAAAGAGAUAAAUAUAAUGAGGAAAUUGAAAGAAAUUCUCAUUUUUCGAGUCGAAGAUCAAGAAGUUGCUCAGCUCCACCUUUUUAUAGAAGCAAGAGGAGGUUCUUUGCCUUGAAUUGUCAUUUUUCAUCAAAAGCUGAUAAUGGCCCUGCUUAUCAAGAAGCUCCUGAACAUUUGAAGUCAACUUCAUUGGGGGAUUCGAUGUUAGACAGAAGACUAGAUUUGAAGAAUAUGCAAGAGCUUAAGGAAGACAACAAGAAGGUUAAUAAAGAUGUAAGGUUUGAACAGUCAGCUUGCUUUGACAUUCAAGACGCUGCUCUGCUAAAAGAAACUAUCUCCGAUGAAUUUCAAGAUUCUCCAAAUCAUCGAACCAAGUGGCGGAACUGCUGUCCACAGACUGCUAAUAAUAAUAAGUUGCCUGGAAUCCAUGAUCAGAAUACUAUACUCGAUGUCUCUUCUGGAUACUUGCACCUUGCCGGUGACUUAUUAGUUCCUGAAUCUAUUAACAAAAACUGCCUUGAGGACGCCAUUGUUCUCCAACAGGUGGAUAAGAAAUUUAUUCCAGUUGUGGCUGGCAGAACACUUGCCGUUGUUGACCAGCAUGCUGCAGACGAAAGGAUUAGACUAGAGGAGCUGCGCCAGAAGGUCUUGUCUGGAGAAGGAAAGACAAUUACUUUUCUGGAAGCAGAGCGAGAGUUGACACUGCCGGAGGCAGGGCAUCAGUUACUGCAUAAUUAUGCGGAAGAAAUUAAAGAAUGGGGUUGGAUAUGCAAUAUUCAUGCUCAGGAUUCAGGGUCCUUUAAAAGGAGUUUGAAUCUUCUCAACAAGCAACCAGCAGUUGUUACACUUAUUGCGGUUCCCUGCAUCUUAGGUGUAAACUUGUCUGAUCUAGAUCUUAUGGAGUUCCUUCAGCAGCUUGCUGAUACUGAUGGAUCAUCAAUGAUACCGCCCUCUGUCCUUCGCAUCCUUAAUUCAAAAGCAUGCAGAGGUGCAAUUAUGUUUGGGGACUCCUUGCUACCUUCAGAAUGUUCCCUCAUCAUCGCGGAGCUAAAGCAGACGGCACUAUGUUUCCAAUGUGCUCAUGGGCGGCCAACCACUGUCCCGCUUGUCAACUUGGAGGCAUUGCAUAAGCAGAUUGCAAAGAUUGCGUUGAUGAAUGAUGAUUUGAAUGGGUUAUGGCAUGGUUUAUGCCGACAUGAACUCACCAUUGAACGUGCAGCGCAGCGUUUAAGUUUGGCUACAAGCUGAAGCCUUAGCAACAAAACAA